AUGUUGUCCAAAAGCAGUCCGCUGUACAGAGACUCUCUGUUCUCCUUCUCUCUGUGGGAGUGGAAGGCUCAGGAGAGAGAACUGCUGCUGCUGAAGAAACUCACCGACAGGGAGAGGAGGGCACUGCUCGCACAACUUGAAAACCCUUUCUCUUUACUAACAAGUGUCUUUGUUCCCCUCCCAGGGUUUUCCACUCCCACUUCCAAACAUCUUCAUGGCUUCCCAUUCGCCCACCAGCAGCAGGACCCCUUCCUGCCUCACUCCUUCCACGGAUACCAGCCCUCUCCUUUCAGCAGCAGUCUGGAUGCCAACUCAGCAAUGCAAGCUGGAGCCAGUCUGCUCGAGAGCACUGCAUUGUGGGAUAUGAGCUAUGGUGCCCGUCCGGUGAGACCCGGAGCUGACCUUUCUUCAGGAUCAUCAGGGUACCAGUCAGGCACCAGCAACACAGGAUCAGACCUGAUGAUGAAGGAGCACCUGAGAGAGAUCCGGAGUCUGAGGCAGAGACUGGAGGACUCCAUCCAGACCAACGACCGCCUCCGACAGCAGCUGGAGGAGCGGCUGGCCCGCACCAACACGGAGAAAGCUGCUCCUACCAACAUCUACAUCCAGGGCCUGGACUCUGUCGGCCAGCUCUCCAGUGAGAUGAGACUUCUGAAGGAGGAGAACGUCAGUCUGCAGAACCAGCUGAAGCAGGCCACCAGAGAGAGCAGCAAGGAGGCGGAGCGUUUGAAGGAGGUUGAGCUAGAGGCUGAACAGUGGGCGGAGCAAAGCCAGAAGCUGCAAGCCGAAGCCGAAGCUAGCAGCAAAGAGAUUGCACAACUAAAACAGGACAGACAGAAGAACCAGGAAGCCAUCAACAGACUCCAGCACGAGGUGAGCGUCCUCCAGCAGCAGCUGUGUGAGAGCCGCAGUCUGGUCCACUCUCUGCAAUGUGAGCUGCAGGUGUACCACAGAGUGUGUGGGGUCAUCACCAACGCACCCGCAGGUCAGGCCAGUGACAAUGCCAAACUUGGACACAGCUCUGCAACCUUUGACCCCAACGAGCUGCAUGUUCAGCUGGAGCAGCAGCUGCACAUACAGAUUGGCGCACAGCCUCGAUCCAGGAGACAGCUCUUCAACGAAAAUGUUCCCUCUCCUCCUGUGAGAGACACUGGACUUGACAGCCCAGCCUCUCCUUUACGUUCUGCGCAGAGACAUUCAGCAGAAAGUGGAUCAGCUGAUCAAGCCUCAACCCUGCAGGGCCAAGCCCCCGAUGGAUCAUUCGCACACUGUCAUGGCCGCCAUGCAGUGGGCCAUGUUGAUGACUUCAAGGCUCUUAAACAGCAGAUCCUGGAGGGCAGCGCUCUCCUCCGCAAGAUGGAGACGGUUCUUUAUUCCCGGAGCACUCCCCAGGAGUUCAGCCUACUUCAGCCUUCAGACUCAGGCUCUGUCAGGAAGAUGCUGUCUGACACUAAAACCCUCCGGCAGAUCCUGGAUGAGGCCGACUCUCUGCUGAUGAUGUUCUGGAGAGCAGCGCUGCCGAACCAGCAGGAAACCAAACAGGAUCAGUCUCUGAGGGAGGAGGUGGCCUCUCUCCGUCUGAAGCUCUCAGAUCAGGAGCAGGCUCUCAAGGACGCCGUGGGGAGAGUGAAGAGCUCCGACCUCACCAAAGAUAGCAUGGAGCACUUUAUAGUCAACCAACUGCAGAGAACACAUGACGUGUUGCGAAAAGCAAAGACAAACUUACAGAAGAAUGAGCUCAGGAUUUCCUCCCUUCGCCGUGCCUCUUCCUCCCCCUUAUCUUCCUCUUUCUACGCCUCCUCCUUCUCCUUUUCCCCCUCCUUCUCCUCUGUCCCCAAUUCUUGCCCUACUUUCUCCUCUUCCUCACACCAAUGGCCUUGUAAAGGUGAGAAAACAGGAGGCUUCUGUGAGCUUGCCUUCUCUCCUGGUUGGGGUGUCAUGAGGCCUGAGACUUCCUCCUCCUCCUCUUCCUCCUCUGCUGUCCACCAGCGCCCCCCGCAGGCAGCCUUCUUGUAGUGAAUCAGCCCCGGAGCUCCUCAUCAUUUUCUCAUUGUUCAAUCAGAAAAAUGCUGGAAAUCCUGUCUCUCUCAUUGGUUGGAGAAACAUUUCAGUUGAGUGACAUCUCUCUGAGUGUGUCAGUAGAUUACUGCUGGUUCAUGAUCGUUGGUGAAUGAUUGUAUUUUUAUUGGUGAGGAAAUGACUGAAGUGUUUUGAUUUGUUUAUAUGAGACCAGUUUGGCUGGAGUUGGUUUAUUAUUCAUGGCUUCUGAUUAGGCUCAUUUUCACAGAUAACAUCAAUGUUGAUCACAUUUUAAACCACAUUUAAAACAGUGAUUAAGCUCUCAGAAACAAUCAAGAAUAGGUACAUUCAUGUGAAAAAAGGUUUUUAUACAUUUUUCCCUAAAAUGUAAUGUUUGACAAUCAUAACAAUCACAUACACAGAACAUUCUUUAGUAAGUCAUAAAUCAGAAGCUCCCAAUCAGAAGCCAACUCCAGCCACGUACUUCAGCAGGGAUUCAAGAAACAAAAAUCCACAUGAUGCCAGCAGGAAAGGGGCUUUUAAAAAGCCCGAAACCAAACAGCAAAGUGCUUCCACUUUGCCUCUGUCGGGCUCGUGUUGUAGUUAGUGUGUAGAAUAGUUGCAUGUGGUUUGAGCAGCUUGUGGAAUCAAAGCCAUACUCUCUGACGGUACGGUAAUAAUAUUUUUGUUCUGUUCUAAUUGUACAAAAAUUGUCAUAAAAUGGCCAACUACUGAUAACAAAUGGAAAAUAAUGUAGAACUACCAGUAGAUAGUUUGGUCAAAUAGCUGGUAGAUGGUGUUCUCAUGCAUUUACUCACAAAAAAACACCAAUUUCAGAUGUUUUGCUCAUCGUAUUCAAACUCCAGAGUAUUACUGUUGAAUAUGGAAUCUGUUCUCUUCAGAUAAUUAAAACGCAUUUGGGUCCAACCCAGUUUUUCUUGCAGUGAAAGCCUUCUGAUGAAGCUGCUGUAUUGUGAAGCAUCUUAAUAACCAGUGUUAAUAAAAACAAGCAAAUGUACCAGGGUGUCAUCGAGCUGCUCAUCGGGCUGCUCAUCGGUUUGUUUGAUGCCUUUAGUUACGGAUAAAAUAAAUGACGGUCCAAAAGAGAUGACAUUUCAUUUUUGUAACCAGAAAAAUGGACCACACUUUUUUCUUUUUAAUUAAAUACAUAAUUUUGGUGUUUCUUUUCUUAUUUUUGCUAAAUUUGUGCAUCUCUUUGUUUGAAUUUCCCUCGAGACGACAAUCAAUUAACAACAAAAAAACAAUCCACAAACUUCAAGUCUGUUACCUCCUUCAAGACUUCUGAGGAUUUGUUACGCUCACUGUGCAAGUAAUAUUUUAUGAAAUUGGUUGUUUUACACUGACUCCUUAUUAUUAUUAUUUUUCUUAAUUCCUCUGUAUAAAAGGUUAGCUGUUUCUUUUUGUGCAUGAACUGUGGCUUCACUGCCCUCUGAUACUUUUACUGAAAUAUGCAAUUUUUUGGGUUACUGUGCAAUAAUAACCUUUGUUGUUGCUUUUUGUUGAUGUUUUAGCCCUGGAUAUUAAAGUGCCAUGUCAUCUGUUUUCGCUUUGAAGCUGAGUUGUUAAAAAAACUAAAAAGAUAUCAUGAAAAUCUCCAGUUUUAUGACAAUAAAAAACAAAUGGCCCACCAAUUUUUAAAGUAACAUGAAUCAGAGUUUUAUAAACGGUGUGGAAACAAUGCAAAGUCACAACAUAAAAGAGUGCUGUAAUGAGAUAUUUAUGAAGCAAUAUUAUAAACCAAAGUCAACAACUUGUAUGUUGUCAAAUCAGGGUUUAAAUGAAUUACGUACAGUAUAGCAAUUUUUUAUGAAAUUCCCAACAGAAGGUCAAAUUCAGUGUCUAUGUGGUUUGAGGAACUACAUCUCAUGUAUGUACAUAUUAAAGGGAGUGCGAACAUCAAUGCAAGCUGUUUUGUCAUUGUUCGACAAAGACCAUCUGUAUUUUCAUGCAUGUUUCUUUUCUUAAAAGUGUUUUUCGGGUUAAAAAAAAAGAAUAACCUUUUUAAUAAAAAGGGGAAAACAACAUUUGUCUUGUUUGUUUUCUGAAACAAUUAUCUUGUUUCUUUUGUUUUGUUUCUCUUGAAUAAUACAGACCCUCAAGCACAAAGCAGCAUAAGUAUAGUCUUUAGUCUAUUAGACAUUUGUGACAUUUUAUUUUAAAUAUGUGGAAGUCCACACAAUAUUGUGUUC